UCUAUUGGUCGGGUGCUACGCUAUAGUGCCAUCUAACGGGGGGGAAUGACAUGACAGAUUUGCUGUGAGUUUUGUGAUAAUGGACCAAUGUAACCUUCAAUUGAGAUUAUCUGGACACAUUAAAUAUUGGAUUGUCGAUUAAUCACUGAAAGGGUGAAAUAACUCGUAACUGUAAAUUGUCUGAAUAACGACUGCCCAGUUUAUAGUUUACGACAGGUGGCGGUAAUGAGUCACAGUGCAUCUUGAGACGACAUGAAGUCGCCUCACUGAGGGGCCGGUUGACGACAUCAGGAAAAUAUAGGUCAAGUUUCUUUUAUUGUCGUUUAUGUCUCUGGCCUUUAUACCAUUUUAAACCCUUCAACGCUCUUUGAAGCCGCAUUUAGUCGCGCAGGAAUGGCUGUGAUUACGCAAAAAUAUCCUAAACAUGACCAGGAAAUGUGGGGCUUUAACCGAAAAGCUGCGUCAUGGACACCAAAGUCCAGCUAAAGAAAGUCUUUUGUCAGAUUCCGAACAUUCCCACGUAAUGAAGACGUUGAUGGUGUUUGAUUUCGACCACACGGUGGUUGAUGACAACAGUGACACGUGGGUGAUCAGGUGUCUUCCAGGUCAGACGCUGCCUGACACGGUGAAGAAUUUGUACAGAAAAGGCCACUGGACUGAGUUCAUGGGCAGAGUGAUGGAUUAUAUAGGCGAGCAGGAAGUGAGUGUAGAGAGUGUUCGCGCUGAGAUGGAAUGCAUCCCCUUGACGGCGGGAAUGAGUGACCUGCUGACCUUCAUAUCACGCAACAAGAGCGACGUGGACUGUGUGGUCAUCUCUGACGCCAACGCGCUCUUCAUCGACUGGAUCCUCUGCGCCGCUGGGUUGCGUUCAGCCGUGGACCGCGUGUUCACCAACCCGGCCGCACUCAACUCGUUGGGCCGCGUGGAAGUGCGUCGCCACCACGCGCACGACUGCCGCCGCUGUCCCAUUAACAUGUGCAAGCGAAAAGUUUUGGAAGGAUACCUGGCCCAGCAAGACAAGUACAGCCACGUCCUCUAUGUGGGCGACGGCGCCAACGAUCUCUGCCCGGCCUUUUGUCUGAGGGGGCGCGAUGUAGUCUUGCCCAGGAAGGGAUACGCCCUGGAGAAGUUGCUGGAGGGCGAGAAGGACGCUGUGAAAGCCAAAGUUGUCGUCUGGAGCAGCGGAACCCAAGUCUUACAUGAGCUACAAGCCAGUCUGAGCUCCUCAAUGGAUGUAAUCCUGGACUAACCGAGGAUUGAGGCUCACCCCAAUUCUUUAAGGGCCAUAUUUUUCCGUAUGCUUAAGUCAGAAGAGGCGCGCAGCUCCGCGCUUUUCUCACUCCCCCUCUCAGCCGUCCACUUAAUUCUAUCAUUUGCUUACUUUGGGUGGAGUAACCCUAAAGUGAAGGCGUUCCCUCUCAUAUCCAGCCUUGCGCAUAUUCUGCCAAAGACUUAAGUGCGUUUCCUCAUGCGCACUCCAGAGGCUGUAGUAAGUCUAGUACCCCGGGAAGGUGAAACAUCAUAUUGCAUGUUUUGAUUCCGAGCCUCCGACGGCAUGCUGACGGACACCUGGCCUAUAUAGGCUCACCGACUGCCCAACGGCUGUAAUGUGACCCCACCACAUUACGCCGAUUGAUGGCGAAACGUCAAAAUAUGUAAUAUUAAUUAAUUUUCAUGCCCGAGCUGCGAGAGGCAUUUUCCUUUCAAACAUGCUGCAUGGUGGCUUGGAAGUAUGUCUGAAAGUGCCGCUCACAACUGCAGUCAUCUUAAUGGCGUUGUAGCGAUUAUGUAUGGAAUAAGAAUUUUAAUUGAUUUAGGAUAAAGUAAUAAGCCGGGAGCGACGUUUGCGUUACUUCCGGUUUAUCGUAAUUUUGAUAUAAUUGUUAAAAAUCAAACUAAUGCCUCGAAACGUGCACUACGUCAAAUUUUUCAAGUUUAAUUUUAGGCAAAAUGACGACAAACCUUUUUAAUCAGUCUCAUGAUCUGUAGGUUGCUACACUCUAUGACAUUUUGAGUCCUAGGUUACAGAGGUUUACUUAAAUUCAGAACACACACAAAAUACGACCACGAGUGGAAUUUUAUUGUAUAUUUAAUGAAACACACAACUACAACAAGAAAGUAACACUAAGGGUAAACGAAAAAGAAAAUAAGGCGUACGAAAAUGGAAAUUAGGACAUCGUGUGUGGUCGCUGGGCUAAACUAAAUGAGCGUGUCAGCGUUUAAUGCGUUGAGUCAGAGCGAGAGAAGGCAAAGUUGGGAUUUUGUAUGAAUUUCCCCACAAUUAUUACGCACCAAUGUUGUACAUCACAGUAAGGAUUACAGUGUCGACUCAAGAACGCAGAUCAGCUGGUCUUUGGGGUGGUCUUCCUCCGGACCGCAGGCGGAAACCAAGAAGGUACGGUUGAAGAAAAAUCAGAUGCACAAAAAUGAAAAGAAAUAGGAAAGGAAAGUUGUUGUCCAGUUUGGGAUGCGCUCAUAACUUCCCUGCCGGUUGACCUGGCGGCGAGCCGAGGUCUGGCCCUCGGAGAGAUGCGGGAUCCGUCAGGGAUGCCAGCAACUGCUCGUUGAGGCCCCGCCGACCGACCGUGGCUCGGGAAAGCGAUCGGAGCCGCAUGGUCGACUUCUUCGAUCGAAAAUGCCGCCAGCUUGGUUGCGGCGGGCGUUCGCGCACGUGGUGGCACCCGGAGGUGCCCGAGGACAAAAAGGGAACAAAAGAAGGGGGAGAGGUGGGUAGAGGCCACCCAGCUGGCGUGCUACCAGCACAGAAGGAAAAAGAACCCUCAACUCAACUCCAGUUCUGUUCCGUUGAGAAAGGUGUGUUUAGAGUUAAAUACCCCAGGAGCGGGGCGUAGAAAGAGGGGAGUGCCGACUUGGAAAAGACCACGCCCACCAGCCUGAAUCUUGUCCAGAAAUUUGUGUAAAUAGGUUUUAAAAUAAUCAUCUUAAACACUCCCAACUUUGUACUCUCACGCAUAGAUUCAUUGUUUCAACUUUGGUCGUAGCAGAUGGGUUGCUUAUUGUUCAAUACAACAUUUCGUACUGUUUGUUUUCAAAUCAUGAACAGCUUUCAAAAUCACGCAGAGGACCUGUCAAAGUGAGAAUAAGGACACAGACACCAAGCCAUACGUUUGGAAUAUUUCUGCAGUUUGCAAGGUAUAAAAACGGACAUUUUAUCUUCUGUUAACAAACAUCAAAGGCACGUCCACAAAUUAUGCUUGCAGUUCCCAUCAACGCCAGUGGGUGGCGCCUCGCGCAUGGGUGAAUAUUAACCUCAGUCUGCUUGAAGGGAGUGUCCCUCCAUCUUUUGGUCAGAGAAGGAGUCUUUUGAAGACAGGAAUCAAGAUUUGAUGGGAAGCUGCUUAUUAGGUUAAGAUCCACUUGACGUACACCAGGCAUUGUCCUCGUUGUGUCACAGCAGGGCAGCAUGGAGGAGUGGGAGUUCUCAGGCGGUCGCCUCAAAAGUUGCGGCGUGCAUGUCCGCUACAGAGUGAUGGUGUGUUAGAGCUGGAAUAAUUGUGUUCAUAUUUUCUCUCAAUCAUAAAAUCCGUUUAAAUGACAUGGCAGCGUGUGUGGCGCCGGUAUGGUUGCUGGGCAACGCUGUUCAAGAGCUGGCCUUCCAAACGCGGAUUAAAUUACAUAUACAGACCCCUUUCCAAAAAAAUUUUAUAUCAUGGAAAAGUUUAUUUCCAUAAUUCCAUUCAAAAAGGUAAAACUUUAAUAGAUUAUAGAUUCUGGGUACACAAUUUAAACAAUUUCAAGUAUUUGUUUAUUUUUACAUAGUUUGGGCUUCCAACUCUUAAUACCCACAAAAUCAGGAAUUGAAAAAAUUUGAACACUGUGACUAAAUCAUCCCAAAUUUUGCAGGCCAUCAAUGUUGUAAACUGAGUAUCACACACUAAUCUACUAAACUCAAAGCACCUGCACAGGUUUCCCCCAGGUGUCAUUAAAUUGCUUCAGUUUGGUUCAAUUGUCUCAAUUGGGUUCAAUAUGGGGAAGAACGCAGACUUGACAACUGGCCAGAAGACAAUCAUUGAUACCCUUCUUAGGAUGAGUAAGCCACAAACAUUCAUAGCUAAGGAGGCUGGCUGUUCACAGAGUGCCGUGUCCAAGCUUAUCAAUGGAAAGUCUCGUGGAAGGACAAACUGUGGCAGGAGAAGAAGCACUAGCAAAAGAGAUGACCGUGGGCCCUCAGCGGAUUAUCAAACAGAGAUAAUCGGUGUUGAUGGAUGGAGGGUCUGUAUAGUCUAGUAUUUAUUAAAUAUAUAGAGAAUAGAAAAACACAUGCUCCUUUCAAGUAGCCUGUUCGACAAGCGGUGCCCACAUCUCACUGGAAGGAAGCCAACUCCAGUAUAUCCGCAUGGGGUUAAUCUUAAGAAGUCUGACAUUUCCCAAAUGCAUUUCAAUAGCAGUCACGUCUCAGGAAAGAAAAUCCUCGAAUCACAAAAUACAAAACUGUUUGGGUUGCCGUGCUAUGGCGUAAGAUUUGUGCCACAAUUACAUAGUCGUAACUAGAAAUACUGACCACAAAAGCGUGUUUUGUGAUCACAAAAUUUUUUUUUUUGUGCGAACUCAAAUUCAUAUUUUGUGUUAAAGUUAUAUUUUUCCACACACUGUCAUGCAUUGCCCUACGCGCAUAGUACACUGCCGAUUCCUCACAGUGUCACAAAUGUUCCACAAUUGUCAACCAAUCAGGAGUUUACUCAUAAAUCAAAUAUUUUUUUCUUAUUGAAAAUAAUUGCGCCCCCCACCCAUCCUCACACUUGAGUGGCGUAUGUCAAGAUCCCAACACGAAGCAAAAAAUAAAAAAUAUCAAACAUGCUCAUAACUUUAAAAACUCAUGUCGGGGCCCUAAGUCAAUGUAACACUGUAUUCUCAUUAUUAUGGUACUUUGAUAAUUGAUAACUGCUGCCUAAACAGGCUGCAUCAAUUAAAAACAGUCAGGCCUGAAGUAAUUUCAUCCUCUGGUGGUUGCUGCCAAGGACUGAAAACAGACUGAUGUUUUGAGAGCCAUAGUCGUAGCCUGGAGCAGCGGAAGCCAAGUCCUUGCCAACCGUCCACAAGCCAACUUGAACAAAAUAAAACAAAUCCACUGUU